AUGUCGUCCGCAGGCCGAGCAGACUCGUACGACCCGGACAUGAUCUCGGAGAAGCCGAACCUGUCGCACGUUGUCUCUUCUGGCGCCAUUUCCAUCAGUCCUGAACUCUUCGAGAAGCUCUACUUGACACCCAAGACCCCGCAUGCCGGCGACAACAUCAGACGCUUUGCCAACCCUACUCCUCUAGGCUUUGUUGGCUUCGUUAUUUCUACAAUGACCUUUGCAAUGGUCGAGAUGGGCUGGGGCGGUGCCUCGGGCCUGUAUCCCGUCGUCGGCAUUUUCUUCUUCGUUGGUCCAGUCCUACUCAUUCUGACUGUCAUCUUCGAAUGGAUCAUGGGCAACUUCUUCUCCAUGAUGGUCUGCGGCCUUUUCGCCGUCUUCUGGCUUAGUUUCGGCAUGUUGCAAUUACCCACGCUAGGUCUUGGUGCGCCAUACUCAACAAGCGGCACUGACUCUGUUGCGGGAGAAGCCACCAAGGCAUAUAACGCCGUCAUUGCGCUGUACUUGAUCAUCUGGGGCUUCGCGCUGUUUACCUACUUCAUCUUCACGCUCAAGACGAAUUGCGUGUUUGCCGGUAUCUUCUUGUUCGUCACGAUCGCCUGCUGGGUCCUCAGUGGCGCGUACUGGAAGGUCAGCAGGGGUGAGUAUGCGACUGCUCAUACGUUGCAGGUGACCGGAGGAGCUUUGCUGUUCAUCGUCGGUAUUCUUGGCUGGUAUAUGUGCUUUGUGAUGAUGGCUGCUGAAAUGCGUUUGGCUAUCACGCUGCCUGUGGGCGAUCUUAGUCAUUUCUGGCCCAGAACUGAUGUUGAGUUGGGUAGGGCUGAGAAAGAGGCUUGA